AGCUGAUGGAUCUGAUCCGGACAGAGGGCCAGAGGAUGACGGCAGCCCAGCCGUCUGAGACGACCGUGGGCAACAUGGUGCGGCGAGUGCUGAAGGUCAUUCGGGAAGAGUAUGGCAGGCUUCACGGGUGCAGCGAGGAGAGCGACCAGCAAGAAUCCCUGCACAAACUCCUGACUUCCGGAGGACUGAGCGAGGAUUUCAGCACACUUUAUCCUACCCUCAGAGCUAACGUUAUUGAAGCUAUUAACGAGCUGCUAAUAGAGCUAGAGGGCACCACUGAUAACAUUGCUAUGCAGGCGCUGGAGCACAUCCACUCCAACGAGGUGAUCAUGACCAUUGGCUACUCACGCACCGUUGAGGCCUUCCUGAAGGAAGCUGCCCGCAAGCGGAAGUUCCAGGUCAUCGUGGCGGAGUGUGCGCCGUUCUGCCAGGGUCAUGAAAUGGCUGUCCGACUAUCUAAAGAGAACAUUGAAACUACUGUCAUGAGUGAUGCAGCUAUUUUUGCUGUCAUGUCUCGAGUCAACAAGGUCAUCAUUGGUACAAAGACAAUCCUGGCCAACGGCGCCCUGAUUGCUGUGAGUGGGACUCACACUCUGGCACUAGCAGCUAAACACCAUUCCACUCCGCUCAUUGUGUGUGCCCCCAUGUUCAAGCUUUCACCGCAGUUCCCUAACGAAGAAGAUUCAUUCCACAAGUUCGUGUCACCACAGGAAGUGCUGCCAUUCACAGAAGGGGAGAUCCUGGGAAAGAUCAAUGUUCACUGCCCAGUGUUUGACUAUGUCCCUCCAGAGCUCAUUACUCUCUUCAUUUCUAACAUUGGGGGUAACGCGCCUUCCUACAUCUACCGCCUCAUGAGUGAGCUCUACCAUCCAGAUGACUAUGAACUCUAAUGCCAUGAAGCACAUCACUCUCCAGACUCUGCCUAUCUUUCUCUUUAGAAAGAUACAACAGCUAAUUAAAGUGUACGUUGCAGAGACAGGUUGCUGUGGGGAAUUUGCUCAGCAAUGUCUUUCCUACCCAAAAGCAACAGAAGGCAGAGCUCUUGUACAGGUAUUGAUCUCUGUGCUGUGUUAGAAGCCACGUGGAGCUGCUAACCGGCUUUGAUUCUGAAACAGUAAGGCAUACGUGUAACUCUCUGGGGCAGCUAAGCUGUUACUUCAAAGUAUGUUGCAAUAAAGGCUGUUUACAGUGAUCUCACUGUUAAGCAUAUUUUCAAUAUACGGUUAUUUUGUUUCUGUAACUAGCAGGAGUUUUACCAGUGUAGUGAGUUGCCUGCACCUAUGAUGCAGUAGCAGGCUUUAAGGUGUGCUUUCAGAUAUGAAUGUGAUAGGAAUCCAUUGGCCAUUGUCUUCAGAAUGGAUUUUUUUGGUAGAAUUUUCUGACAAUUUUUGGUGAGUUGCUGAAAUACAAACCAGCUUUUUGUACAGUGCUGGAAUGGAGAUUCCAUUCUUGAUGAAAGGCAGACCUUCAGAAGUCCCGUCAGCUAGCUUCUUCACCUCCAUGUCAGAAGGCAGAGCUCAAGCUCUUGCUUUGCUUAUUGUAGUCUGGGGGUCUGUCCUCUCCUGUACUAAUUGAGUGAUUGCGAUUAUUAUUCUUGGGUGGACAUCUUGUCUCAUUCGGAAAGUUCUUGAUUUUUGUGAGGGGCAGCAUGGAAUGUCUUAGAAAUCUCAGGCUCUUGCAGGCCAGCGAGAUCACUUUUCCUUAGUCCCUUUUAUCAAUGUAUGGCAAUACACUACACCACAGUUAAGGCAUCAAAUGAAAGUAGUUUCCAGUCCUUGUUUUGCUUUCGAUUCAGCAGAUGUCAGUAUCUCUCCAAUUUGGUUUUAAGUUGGAUGUCCGUGGUUAAACGAAGACACCACCUUCUUUUGCCAUUCUGAAAUAAACUCUACUCCUCUACCGUAGACUGAGACACAAAAUAGAACUUGAACCUGUAAAAAGUCUGCCUAUUGUAAAAAAUGCUGUGGGCUAUUUAGUUAUUUCUGUGGGGGUAAGUUUCUGUACCCUGAGAACGUGGGGCUAUGGUAGGAUUUAGAAAUCUCUCACUCAAGAAUGCAAACUACAGGGAGCUGGAGAAAACAGCUGGGUGUGUCAUUCAUUGCCUAGUUAAAUAAAAAGAAUGUUUUGAUGCG